AUCCCCUAAAGAAUGAAACGCUUGAGAGUGUCCUGGAAAGUAUAGCAGGAUGCGUAGCAACUUCUUCAUGAGAAGCAAGAGGUGCAGGAUAUUACGUGUUUUCCACUCCAUCCUGAGCUAAUUUCUUGGCAGCAGGCUACAUUUUCUGGUCACAGGAAAAUCAAGAAGAGAAAAGAGAGAACAAUAAUGAUGAUUUCAGAUAUAAGAAAGUAAGGCUCUAUGAGACUGUGCAAACCCAUAAUUAAAGAAGAAGCCUGACGCGUGGGAGGUAAAAGCAAGUUCAUUGCGUACUUAAAAACAAGUUCGCCAUUCAUUCACUUGGCUUUGCUCUGGGACAAUUGCCUCGCUACAAUUCACAUCAUCUCCUUGUUUUUUUUGGGAUCAAUUCUCUUCAUGGAUAUUUGACUUGUAAUCAUGGAAGAUAAUGAUGGUAUUUUCUCGAAAAACUUCGCAAUGUUUGCUUUUAUCCAAGUUUAUGAGCUCAGUAAGGGCUUUUUGCAGUACUUUUUCUUCCAAAUCCUCCCCCCAUUUUCAUACAUGUUCAAAUUCAGAUUCCUUCGUGUCAGCUCUUAUUGUUUCAAUAAGGUCUUGUACUUCGUUCUCUUAUUGCCAGUUACUUCAUUGCAUGGCAAUCAAAUCUUUAAGUUACGAUCAUGGUUUUAUUGGUGAUCAAAUAGUGUCUACUUAUGUUAGUUUGGGAUGCAUAGAAGAUGCGAAGAAUUUGUUCGAUGAAUUGCCUGACAAGGACUUGGUCUCUUGGAAUUCUCUGAUUUCUGGGUUUUCACGUGUAGGAGAUUUUGGUAAUUGCUUGAAAGCAUUUUCCAGGAUGAGAUUUGAAACAGACAUGAAACCCAAUGAUGUUACACUUAUACCUUUAAUUUCAGCUUGUACUGAUACUGCAGUUCUUGAUGUGGGCAAGUAUGUUCACGGGUUUGCAAUGAAAUUAGGUAUUCUUUUGGAGGUGAAAGUUGUUAACGCUCUUAUUAAUUUGUACGGAAAGUCUGGGUAUACGGAUGCAGCUUGUCUAUUAUUCGACGAAAUGCCAUUGCAGAAUUCUGUAUCAUGGAAUUCGGUCAUUGCAGUUCUUGUUCAAAUGGGAUUGGCUGAGGAAGGAAUGAGAUAUUUUAUUAUGAUGAGAAAGGCGGCAAUUGUGGCUGAUCAGGCCACUCUAGUGACCUUGCUUCAAGCCUGUGAAAAUCUAGGUGUAAGGAAACUGGUAGCGGCUAUUCAUGGUUACAUCUUCAGCUGUGGUCUUAAUAUGAACUUAGCUAUAGCAACUUCAUUGCUAAAGUUAUAUGCCAACUUGGGUAUAUUAAGUGCUUCUCAGAAGGUCUUUGGAGAGAUGACUAAGCCUGAUGCAGUGGCAUGGAGUGCCAUGCUUGCAGGCUAUGCAGCACAUGGUUGUGGGAAAGAAGCAAUAGAACUUUUUGAACUCAUGGUUAGAGAAGGCGUGGUGCUUGAUCAUGUUACAUUCACUCACUUGUUAAGUGCUUGUAGUCAUUCAGGGCUAGUGAAGGAGGGAAAAUAUUACUUCAAGAUUAUGUCUAAAGUUUAUGGAGUUGAGCCAAGGUUGGAUCACUAUUCAUGCAUGGUUGAUCUUCUAGGUCGCUCUGGACUUUUAGAUGAUGCUUAUAAGCUUGUCAAAAGCAUGCCAAAAGAGUCAAAUUCUGCUGUGUGGGGAGCUCUUAUUGGCGCUUGUAGGGUCUAUGGUAAUGUUGAACUUGGGAAAGAAGUUGCAGAGCAAUUGAUUGCUUUAGACCCAUCAGACUCUAGAAACUACAUCAUGUUAUCAAAUAUAUAUGCUGCAGCUGGUCAAUGGAAAAAUGCUUCAAAGGUGAGGGCAUUGAUGAAGGAAAAAAAUCUCAUCAGAAAUCCUGGAUGUAGUUAUAUAGAACAUGGAAAUAGAAUUCGACGCUUUGUAACGGGUGAUCAAUCUCACCCUGAGACAAAGCAAAUAUAUAAAAAGUUGGAAGAGCUUAUUGGGAAGAUUAGAAAUGCUGGACAUGUAUCAAAAACAGAAUUUGUUCUGCAUGAUGUUGGUGAGGAUGUGAAAGAGGAUCUGAUCAAUAAGCAUAGUGAGAAGUUAGCCAUUGCAUUUGGACUUUUGGUGACUAAUGCUAACAUGCCAUUAAUUAUAACAAAGAACCUCAGAAUAUGUGGUGACUGUCACAGCUGUGCAAAGUUUGUAUCACUGAUAGAGAGGCGUACAAUAAUAAUUCGGGAUAGGAAGCGGUUUCACCAUUUUGCCAAUGGAUCAUGUUCAUGUGGGGAUUACUGGUAAUACUCUGCUUCAACUGUGAUAUUAACUUAUGUAUGUACACAAAUUACACCCUUAUGAUAUUUAGAUACAAACUUCACAAUGAUUGCUGCACAUUCACCAAUAUAAGCAAUUCUUCGUAUCAAAA